UCCAAAUUUCCCGGGAGAGCAUGCAAUCCAGCAUGUGUUGCUGAUGAUCAACCUCGCACCUUUACCGAGUAAACGUUUUCGUAGCAGAACAACAAAAUUAAGAAACCACAAGAUGUACAGAUCUUCGAUGACCCAGUUAUCAAGGUGCGUUUUAAGAAGAUACUCUUCUGGAAGUACAGUGAAGACAGUAGAAACAGCUGUGGUUGAACGAAGUUUGAAUAAAAUCACUCUCCUUGGUCGAGUUGGUCGAGAUGCAGAGAUGAAAGGAACUGAUUCCAAUCCUAUGGCACUCUUCUCCUUAGCUACUAGUGAGACAUUCAGAAUUAAGAAAGAUGAGGAAGAUGAACUGAGACAAAGGACAAGCUGGCACAGAGUAAAUGUUUUCAAGCCAGGUCUAAGGGAUGCCGUUUACUCGUACUGUAAGAAAGGUUCCAGAGUUUUAGUAUUUGGGAGGCUCAACUACAGUGAGUACUACAACGACAGUGACCAAAAGAUAACCACAACCAACAUUGUUGCAGACGAUGUGAUAUUUGUUGGCGGUGGAUCCAGUGUAACAGAACUGACAAAGGAAGAUCUUGUUUCAGAGCCAAUAGAACACGUCUGAAUUCUUCACACACCUUGUCUGGACUCAAUUUCAUAGAGCUGCUUAGCGGCCGAUUUAGUGCUUACUAUGUGAUUUCCAUUUCAUAGCACUGCUAAACACAAAAGGCAGGUGCUUACUGUAUUUAAAUGGAUGAUGUUACAAUGUAAAUCCAUGGUAAACACGCAAACUGGUCGCCUAACUUCUUUGCUAACUUAACUUGUGAAACACGCUUAAGCUUAUGCAACUUUGUCUUUUAGAGUUGGUGCAAAGAUUUGCUUACUGUUAAGCGGCGCUACAGAAAUUGGCCCCUUAUCUUGUUGGAGUUUUACUACCACAAAAAUCAGUCAAGUUUUACCAAAUUUUGUUGUGGUUUAUCAACAUAGUCUGGUGCUAGAAACUUGCCACCUAAGGGUAUUAAAGUUUAUCGAGUCAAUAAAAGCUUCACAAAGCAAGGUUUUAAGGAAAGCUACAUUCAAUACAGCGAAUGAGGUUUCAGGGAACAUUACACAUUCAUAAAAAACUUCCAUAGCACAGUUUACAUUGUUUACUUUAUUAUGUUGUAGACCCACUAUGGGUCAGGUGACGGGUCAGGUGACGGGUCAGGUGACGGGUCAGGUGACGACAGUAGCCAACUGAGUUUUGUUAUAUAGUGCUGCACAUUGGUGUGUAAGUUGAUACCUUGUGCAUGUAACUAGCACCUUACGUAAGCAUUACCAUGCAGUUCAGAUCAAUUUAUUCUUGACUAUGUGGUAUUUAUCCAACCAGUUUACCAGACAUAUUUUAUUUUUUAGCUACUGUGUUCGUAACUUUCCUGAUCAAGGGUCGAUUUCACAAAGAGCUUAACUUCAAAUCCAUCUAAAUUGCUAAGGAAAGUGUGAUGUCACAAUACAAAUCACUACGGUAAAAACGGCAACUCAUCUUAAGAUAAAUCCAAGUGCUUUGUGAAAUCGGGCCUAAGUUAUCAUGGCAUUUUCAAGGGGUUAAAAUGGCUUAAUUGUUCUAAAACGUUACAACGUUACAGUUGAUAUUACUUUGGCAAUAAGUCUUUAUGUUUGGCAAGCAACUAGCAUUAGAAGAAAUCUUUUACAAGUGUAAACCACAUGGAAUGUUAAAAGACAAAUUGUGUUUUAACAAAACACUUCAGAAGGUUGUGAACAAGAAAAUAUCAGAUUUUACUUUUUUCUUGCACUGUACUUUUUGAGUCAAAAUCUUUUAGAAGAGUUAUUAUUAUCACAUACUACCAUCAUGCAAGAAUAAAAAGUAUAAUUGCAAUGUAUGUUAAAUAAAGAUAACGUUAGGUUAUUUAUUGUUGCUGUUUAUAUGUUUAGGUAAACUGCUGUUCAGGCGUUGUGCACCUCGGUUGUGAUGAACAUUGCGGGUCAAAAUGCGCAAAGAACGUUCUCAUAGGAAUGGUAUACAAACGUCCUUGGACUGAGCAACACCAUGCUCUAAACCAAGCACUGUGAAAGUUAUUUAAGAUCAAGCAAGCACUAUUCACUUCAUAUUUACAUGUCCUUAUGGCAUUUCUGCUCUAAACUUCGCAGCUAUUGAUAGUAUAAAAGUGUAACUGUAACUUUUAGCAUUUAGUGAUACUGUUUACUGAUGCUAAACAUUGUAAAGCAACUCCUGACUUCACGAGAUAUUUCCCAAUUCUGAUCACCUUUUUACACAGUUUUGACGCAUGUAUUAAAUAAACAGCGUUGUAGUUAAUUCAUUCAUCUCUGUGUUUAAACAUCUGGAUAUAAAAUUAUUUUAACAAGAAAAUAAACUUGACUGUUUACAUACAGUCUUAUUUUAUACAAGUUCAUAUCAAACAUUCUGUACAAUUUAACCUUCCUCUAAAGUUGAUCAACCAUGAGAUCUCAUGAACGUUUAUCGGCCUCAAAUUGCAAAGAGGCCAUGGAGGCCACAGCCUCCGUUUCCCAUGUCUUGCACUUCAAAAGUUUCCCAUAGGUUUUUAAGAUCUUCCAAUGGAAGCGCCCUUUGAAAAAUGAAAAGUUCCUUGUCCUCUAACAAAUUAAAUUCUAGGCCUCAGGCAUAUUACAUGUAGUAGAAAUAACACCACAAAUCUGUCAAAUUGACAUUGCUAUUUAGCAAAAACAUAUAUUUUUUGAUCUUGCAAUAAAAAAAAAAAUUGCCACAGCAGGAUUUCUUGUGAUGAUGGCUUGCCUUACAAGUUGUAAAUGUAUUUGUUGUUUCUAAUUCAACUUUGUGAAAAAAUACCCAAGCCUAGAAUUCAGGUAUGAUAUUUUGUCAUUGGAAAAAGUAGGGAGAAAAGAAAAUUGGAAAUCAGAUUAAAGUAGGACAAAUUCAUGGCACUUUGAUCGACAAAAAUUAAUAUCUUGGGGAAACCAUGGCAAAGAACAGAGCAACAGAGGUUAUGGUCUCUGUGUUAAUUCACGGGCCCGAUUAUCAAUCUGCUUAAGCAGUAAAUAUUGUUGAACAAAUUUCUGAUAAGCAAUAAAAACAGGAUACCAGUCAUAAAUUGUUACUGUGACAUAGUAUUUUAACACUGGGCACCUAAAUCUGAUAAGCAUAAUUGUUUUUGCUUAGCUACUUUUUGUGCUCAAGCAACUCUAUGAACUUGGGCCCUCUGAACAAACAUGGAUGUACUUACAAUAUUAUGUGAAACACAUAAAUGUACAUACAAUUUUCAAAAAGAUAAUAUACUUUUCAGGAGGGAUGUUGUAGAAUCAUGACCAAUCCGACCAGUCAUUUCUUUCUUCCAUCAUAAUUUAUAGAGUACAAUAUAAUAUAUUAGCAAAAUUUCAUAUUAACAAAUAAUACUGGUUAAGUUUUUGUUAAAGGCAGUGGACACUUUUGAUAACUGUCAAAGACUAGCCU